GGAAUUCCCUACCCUACCACUGACCAUCAUGAUGUGAAUAAUCAGUGUAUCUAUACAUGAGCCUCGGCAUCAUUUUCAAUACUGGUAGAGAAGGGAGUAAGGCGUCCAUCCAUCCCCUCAUCACCCCUAUCGACUGGCCUUUUGAAGAGCGCUCGACAUCAACAUCUCAGCACACAGCUCUGUGGUUGACAUCCCCAACUUACUGCUCACGACGUGGCAUGCGUUCUCGAACAUGGCACCCGUUCCUAUCGAGCCCGAAUUAAGAUACACGGGGGCGGUAUUGGUGGCCCUGCACGUCCUCAGUGCAAUCUACUUCACUCAAAAUGUAGGCGCCAGCCUGUAUCGCUCAUUCAAAUCCCUCAGCCCGUCUCAAGAUGUAAGGCUUCGUCUUGAUCGGCGGAAAAAACUGGUGCCCAUAUUCGCCGGUCUUGCCCUGCUCAGCCUCGGUACUGCCUGCUAUGCAGCGCUGGCAUACGCAUCACUGUCGUUCCGUGUUUGGGCCGCUGAAAGAGGGGUGGUUGAGAAACCUCAGAGCGUGCGGUGGCUGGCAGAUACACCAAUCUACCAAGAUGCCUUCGAGAUCGUGGCAGAGAAGGCUCGUCGGUUCUGGUGGGGACAGCAGCUUGACCUGUCGAUUGUCCCCUGGAGCGUGCUCGUGGCUACCGAGGGCACCCGCCGUGGCAUCUCGAAUCUCUUUGCGUUCCAAUGCCUGGCACACCUCGUCAGCCUAUCCUUUGCACAGAACCUCUUCUUCGUGGCCCUGCUCCUUACGCCGACACCCUUACCAGAGGGAAUUCAAGCGCCAUCCCGGUUCGCUCGUGUUCGUAACGCCAUCUUCACACCCAAGCCACGCGACUGGGUUCUGAGCCCGCGCCUGUUGCUGCUCACCGUCCUGGCCAGCUAUGGUACUAUCUUGCGUCUGCCUUAUGCCGCAGGAACAGCAUCUUUCAGCCGGGUCCUUGGCGCAUCUCGUGCCUUCACAUUCGCCCCCUUGGUGCUCCGGAGUGUGGCGCCGAUCUCAUGGGGGUCUGUACAGUCUGGCCGCAGGGCCAAUGCUGCUGCUUUCGUCAACCUAUUCAGGUUCAUGGCAGUAACGAGUGUUGUACUUCACGGGAUGGCUACCUUGCGUGGUCUGCGGUACAACCUGCCUCAGGCCCAUUACCACCGGCACAGCAGGUUCCUGCCCUGGGAUAUUGAAGAGCGGUCGAGAUGGGAACGCACGACCACUGCGAUCGGCAAACUUCUGGGGUCGACGAGAGACCACCCAGUUGUUGCCGCCGUCGGCUACGAUGUCCUGAUCAGUGGGCUGAGCGUUGGUCUCUGGGCAGCUGUCCGAUCCUUGGGCGCUGGUGACAUUCUCACCUUGGCCGUCCCGCUGUAUCACAACAAGCACGAGUCUGUCGAGGGUGGUCCCGGCAGCUCGGAGCAGCUCGCACACGACGAGCAAAAUCAUGACGACACGGAUGAUACAGCCUCUGCGAGCGUUCGACGACGAGCUGUAAGAGGCUCCAGAUCCAAGGAAGACGACGAGGGGCACCGGGAACCAUCCGCAUCAUCGCGCCGCCGCGGCAGGGUACGCAAGACCGGACGGGACCCUGAGGAGGAGCCCGGCGACGACACGUACCAUCCGAGUCCUGAGGAGAAGAGCAGCGUGAAGGGCGAUAACUUGCCGGCCCAGGAGGUAGAUCUGGAGGCCGCAGGCCUGGCGUGGGGUCUCAUGUCGGUUGGUGGUCUGCCUUUGGGGAGCGCUGGUGUGUUUGGUGGUGAGUGUCUGGCAUAAGGGACGGUGUGAAUGCUGUCUUGCUGGCCUGACUUUUGAGUGUCUAUCAUAUCGGGAGACAUGACGGUGGAAGCUUGUUGGGGUGAGGAGGUAUGGUUGAAGUAAGAUGCUGCUAUGCGGCUAGACCAGGAUUGUAAUAGAUGUCUUACAGGAAUUCGUCACUGUGUACGAUGGCAUUUUGUCCCUCGGACUAUCCCAACACUAUGAUACGGUACUGCAUAAUUUCCUACGAUCCGGGUCAUCUCCUCAAGGCCAAAGGCUUCCUCACAAGCACACCGCCUGUCUCAACCACAAAGUCAACAUUACCGGGCGCAAGGCUUCAGGCACACAAUAUUGAAUCGUACCCAAGCCAAAAGGGUGAAAGCUUCUCAACCGACUGACAACAAGGCUUUCAGUAGACGGCGAUAUUUUCCGAACAAUAUAUUGGUGUCAUCAAUGUUAUUUCCCUCUUGUUUCCC